GGGGUUUUAGGAAAAGGGUUUUGAAUGGAGCUUGAUCGAGAGUGCAUGCGAACAGACAAGAAAUGUUUCCUCUUCUGCGGCAGAAAUUAGCAUUCAUCGUCUACCAUCGUUAGUCUUGCACAUUGCUCAUUGGAUUCUUAUUAUUCCCCAAAUAAAGAGAGAAAAAUGGGAUUCGCUGGAGCCCUAAGGAACAUUAUUCGCCCCCUCUCUCUCUCUGUCUCAGCAUCAAGAACCUUAACAUCACCAAUCUCCACCAAUGCUUCAAUGCCACCAUUUCGUCCUGCUUUUCCAUCUCCUUGCAAAUCUCCCCAAUGGCUUCUUCCUCUUUGGAAUCACUUCCACAGUUUGACUGACACUCGCUUCCCCAAGAGACCACCCUCUCAUAAACCCCGUCGAAAGAGGGCCAGUUUGAAACCCCCUGGGCCUUAUGCUUGGGUUCAAUAUACGCCUGGCCAUCCCAUACUUCCAAAUAAGCCCAACGAAGGGAGUGUCAAGAGGAGGAACGAAAAGAAACGUAUGAGGCAGCGACGUGCCUUUAUAUUGGCGGAAAGGAAGAAAAGGAAAGUUCAGCUGCAAGAGGCUAAACGGAAGAAAAAUAUAUUGAGGGUGGAACGUAAAAUGGCUGCAGUUGCAAGGGAAAGAGAGUGGGCAGAAAGACUGGCUGAGUUGCGGCAACUUGAGGAAGAGAAUAAAAAAUCUAUGGCUUGAAUUUGUUUGGGACCUCAUCUACAAUUGUCACCCCAAUUGUUGUUUUGGAUCCUUUUGAUAGAAGUCCAACAUUAGGCUUGAAGGAGGGAAGCCCUCCACAGUGCCUGGUCCAUACUAGAAGAAGGAAAGGAGAGGGUGAAUGGGCAAAGACAAGGAUAAACCAUUAGGGAAAGUGGGGAAUUAUGAGGAAUUUGUUGGGAAGAAUCAUGAGGCCACAUUAGUAGAGGUGGUUUUGUUGUGAUCAACAGCUAUAUAAUAAGCUGGAGGGAGGUGGUAUCCAGAAUCUACUAUUCUCUUUGGGUCGAGCUUGGGACAAGUCUGACUUGCGCAGGAGUCUCUCCUGUGACUUCUGUGUUUUUAUUUCUGUUUUUCAAGUUCUGUUUAGAUAUCCAUUGUGGAAUUUCAUUUGUUUGUAAGGAUAAGCCCUUUUUAUAUUGUUAAUAAAUAACAGCAGCAGCUUUAUCC